AAGCUUUUCGACGUCAGGAACCCAACUGGCACACUCUUUUCCUACUUGACGCCGGUGGUUGUAGGAGACCUACAGUAGCUCGUUAAAAAACGUUUUUUUGUCUAGUUCCAUCUCGCACCUGGGUAUGGUAUCUAAUUGCACGAUAGUGUCACCGGCCUGUUGCUGAUGUGAGCCAUUUCAAGUAAGUAGGUCUUCGGCCAUCUUUUGUAAGCCCGCACAACUACCAAGUCAAUCAUGGCCUUUCUCCGACUGACGAGGUCGCAGUGCACUGCGGUGACAAUUUUGGGCUGUUGCAGCCUUGUUGCGUGCUAUGUGUCGUGGGUCCUGUUGUGGUCCUCCUCCGAUGACAGCCUGGACCUUGACGAGGACAGUAUGGUGACCGGUUUGGCCACGAGGGGAGAAAUGCUGGCAGCGCGGAUGAAGAGCACGAAAAAUAAAGCGUCCGAAGAGGGCAACGACAGGGACGACCAGGACGAUGAAGAUGAUGAUAGCUACAUCACGACGCCUCCGCCUGCUGUUCUUCCGGUAGAGAAGCACUGGAAAGACCUGUGUCGCGGAGGGCCAGGGAGGACAUCAAAGCGGAAGAAAAGAAUUCGAGCCCACGACGACGAGGACCAGCAUUCGCUGGUGUGGCGGUGGCAGUUCCGGAGCGCCAAGCGCGAAUCCGUUCUGAUUUUUCCCGUAUCGCACAGCCACCCCCGCGCACGUGUGCGAAACGCCAUCGAGCUUCCGGAAUCUACAAACGUGCGGCAGCGGUGGACGCUCGAGCUGGAGUUGCUAGUCGCAUUGUCGGGCAUGGAGAUCGACAACAUCUUCGGGUCGGGUUCUGCGAAAGCGAACCUCGUGAAAAACGACCAUUCUUUUGUAACGAGGCUGCAGUGGCUGCCCCUCGCGGCGAUUGCCAUGCAGGAGGAGGGCGACCUGUCGGAGGCGGAGAAAAUUUUGAAGACGCUAAAGGUGCGCAGAAAUAAGAUGACACGGCCCGGAGGUGUAUUGACCCAAGAAGCUGAGACGUUUCUCUGCGAAAACUUUCUCCUGCAGCCGGGACAGCUGAUCCACGACGUGAAUCGAAAGUCGAGUUCCAAACUGCUCCGACGGCAUGCCGUGGGUCCGGCGAAUUGCGACACUGCACCCGGAGGGGCCUUCUCUCGAAAGCACCUGUCGCGGCGGGCGCGCUUGGAUGCGAUGCGGAAGCUGCGGAGCUGCAAGAGGCGGCUCGGGGCGGAGUUUGCGGAACUUGCGCCGGAAACGCCGGAGCUGACCUCGAAGGGCAUGGAGCUGCGGGACAAACGACGUCGGCUGAGGGUGCUUGACGGUUUGAAUUUUGCGUAUGCCGGCAGGUCAACGAAGCACUUCGACGAGUUCAUGGAGCAGGCAGCUUCCGUUGUGCCGGUGAGGGACGUCGACGCAGUAAUGCCCUCCCCGGACAUGCAACGAGCGGAGAAGCUGGCGGCCAAGAUCUUUCGGGAGCACGCGGCGCAGCACCCGGUGAAGGCCAAGCGGCCGCGACAAGAUCCGGACGACGGCGACGAGGAAGCAUCCGCGCAGCGCAAAAGGGGCGACUUCGCAAAAGCAAAACGAGACGGAGGACAGGAAAAAGACUCGCGGCCACAGAAACCGUCAGAAGCUGCGCAUGACGAGGAAUCAGAAAAUCCUCCUGCUCCUCGUCCUCCUCAGCCAGAAGAGGACGGAAAAGAGGAGACAGACCAGAACGCCAUAGCUGCGCCCGACGAAACGCAGCUCGCAAAAGAGUUUUACCAAUACGACUUUGGAGGAAGUGGAAAUACAUGGGUGGCAACCCCUUUCGCGAAAACCAGCAGCGCUGACAUUGAUCCGCUCGCGGCCAAGGUCAUACACGGGCAGGCGGGACAGGAUUGGCUGGUGCAGUCUUUACUUAACUGCAAGGAAAACGGAACUUUUAUCGAGCUUGGUUCUCACCAUGCUUCGGUGCUAUCGAAUAGCCUCCUCCUUGAGAAGAAGUUCAAUUGGCAAGGUCUCUGUUUGGAAGCAGACCCGCAGUACCUUCCGGGAUACAGACAAAGAAAAAACUGCAAGCUGGUGCAGAACCUGGUCGGCUAUCCCACAGGAAGGACCAUCGAAUUCGCGGCCUUCCAUUCGAAAAAAUCAAACGGCUUGUCAGGCAUAGUCGGGGACACGUUUGACAAUACGGACGAAAACGAGCAGGAAAGCUACGGCGUGAAUGCGGUAGUGAAGAAAGUUGUCGCUCUCGAAGACGUCUGGCGCCAUUUUCAGUUUCCGACCACGAUCGACUACUUUUCACUCGACGUGGAAGGCGCGGAGUCUUUUGUGAUGGAGCACUUUCCGUGGGAGACCUUGCGCUUCCGUGUGCUGACGGUGGAGCGCGCCAAGCCGGAUUUGCAGUCCCUGCUGCGCCAGCAGGGAUACAGGAAGGUGCGCAAAAACGCCUGGUUUGAAGACACUACGUGGGUCGAUACCAGAGAAAUAGACUCGGAGACGAGCGCGAAGUUCGCAAACGGCGAGCCCAUCGGAGAGACCUGCAUGGUCAAGGCGGGUUUUCCACGCCCCACGACGCUGGACACGUGA